AUGCAAACGAUUGAAAGAGAAAGUUGUAGAGGAAUCAUAGAAACAGAAUCAAUAGAUCAAUGUUAUAGUUUAUUAUUUGCAAAGAAACAAGAUAGAGGUCUAUCAUGGAUAUCAAAAGAACAAUAUAUUCGUAAUGAUAUUAAAUGUCAUUAUGAUCAAUGUAUAAUAUGUAACAAUAAUAAUAGUAGUAAUAGUAAUAAUAGUAGUAGUAGUAGUACUACUACUAUGAGUAAUAAACAAAAGAAAGAAGAACAAAAAAAGAAAGAACUAUUACAACAACAAAAACAACAAAAGACAACUAUCAAUGCUAAACCAAUCAUCAUAGCAGAUAUUAAAGUUAUAUCAGAAUAUUUGGAUAUAUUAGAAUUGGAAUCAGUAAAGAAUAAUCAAACAUUGGUAGUAUUGGAGACUGUAUUUAGAUACAUACAGUAUAAUAGUGGUCCAAAGUUCUUUGAUCGUUUGAAAAAGUUGAUUACUAGUAAUCCAAAUGGUGACAAGGUUAUCUACUUUACAAAUGAUCUAAACAAACAAACUCAAUUGGACAGAGAACAAGAUAAAGACAAAGGCAACAACCAAUCAGAAUCAAUCGAUACCUAUGAGAGUAGAAGAAUUGUAAAUGCUGCUAGAUGGUUUGGUCAACAUUUGCAUGAUCAAAAGCAUCUUGUCAAAGUUCCAAUCUAUUUGAUUACAAAUAAUGAUCAAAUGAUUGAUAUUGCUAAAAAGACAAAACAACUUGGAAAAGAGACUCAAGAUGGAGAUAUAAAGAUACUUGGAUUAAAAGAAUAUUUGUAUCAAUAUUAUAGUGGUAAUACUAGUGUACUGGAUGUAUAUGAAUCAUUGACAUUGAUGAUAAAGGAAAAACAACUAGAAGAACAAAAUAAUACAUCGUCGUCAUCGUCGUCAUCAUUGUACGAACGGUAUUGGGAUGAUGAUAUUAAGGCCGUUGAGCUAAAAUCUGGAAACAUUGUGUCUGGCAAGAUACACAUCAACCAAUUCAACAGAGAAGAGGCAUUUGUAAAGAUACAAAGCUCUACCAUUGCAAGUACACGUGGAGGACAUGGUGACAAGAUUAUGAUCAUUGGAAAGAAAAAUAUAAAUAGAGCUAUUCAUGGUGACAAGGUUGGUAUAUUUGUAUUACCAGAGUCAGAGUGGAUGGAUCAAUCAACUAGCGCUAGUGUAUUGGGAGAUCUAGAUGAUCAAAAAGAUGAUAUGAUUGCAGAAGAAAACAAAGAAGAGGAUCAAGUAUUAUCAUCAAUCCAAACAACCAAAGCAAACAACAAAAAGAAUGAAAAGAAAAUAAUGACAGCCAAGGUAGUUGGUAUUUUCCAAAGAAAUUGGAGAGAUUAUGUUGGUACAAUUGAAAGUGGAUCUACGGUUUAUAGUAACUUUGUUAAUGUAGUUCCAUUGGAUUCACGUAUUCCCAUUAUUCGUGUAGCAACAAAGAGUGCUGAAGCAUUUGUAAACAAGAGAAUUAUAGUUAGAAUCGAUCGAUGGGAUUUGAGUAGUUCGUAUCCUGCCGGUCACUAUGUUUCGUCGGUUGGUGAAAGAGGUAGUUUAGAGACAGAGCUGGGAUGUUUGAUGGUAGAGCAUGACAUUUCUCUCAGACCGUGGUCCAAGCAGAUUCUCGACAGCCUGCCCACAUCAGACACAUGGAGUAUCCCCAAAGACGAACGAAAAAAGAGAAGAAUCAUGGCAGACUCUGGACAUCGUGUGAUGAGUAUAGAUCCGCUGGGAAGCAAGGAUAUCGAUGACACUAUAUCGCUGGCACGGUUGGAUGGCGACCGAGUCAUUGAAAUUGGUGUGCAUAUUGCCGAUGUUACUCAUUUCGUAGCCAAGGGUAGUCCUUUGGACAUUGAAGCACAGAGAAGAGGCACGACCAUCUAUUUGCCAGACCGAAGAUUCGAUAUGUUGCCAGCCGUCCUCUCUGAGGACCUGUGCUCGUUGUGGGGUGGCAAGGAACGUUGCGCGAUGAGUGUCGUGUGGCGUAUGGAGCUCGACGCCACCACGCAAGAAUACAAGAUUGUCGACAGCUGGUUUGGAAAGACUAUCAUCAACUCGUGUGGUGAGUUUCACUAUCAACUGGCACAGGAUAUUAUCGAUGGCAAGGUGGUCGAUGGUAAAGACCGCGACGAAGACGUAACCAACGGAGGAAAGAAUGCAGGAUACCGUAACCGUUUGCACAACAAUAGAAGAGAAUUGGCUGGUGCACUUGACCUCGAGAGUAUAGAGGUUCGUUUCACCUUUAACGAAUCAACCAAAACACCCGACCGUAUCGUACUAAAGAGUGAUCUAGAAGUUCAUUCACUCGUUGCCGAAUAUAUGAUUCUCGCCAAUGCUGCAGUUGGUACACGUAUCCAUCAAUACCAUCCUGGUGCUGCUCUACUUCGUAGACAUCCUCCACCCAACCAACUAGGGUUCUCCAACAUUCAACAAUUAUUUGAUAUGUUUGGUUUUCCAUUUGACAGUUCGUCCAACUCUAGGCUAGCAGAAUCACUCAAAAAUGCCGUGGUGCCAGGCGACCCACUAGCCAACCAAAUCAUCAAAUUGAAAACAGUCAAUGUCGUAUCAGAGGCUGUCUACUUUUCGACUGGUGGUUUCAAUGUUGACGAUUUCUACCAUUAUGGUUUGGCACUCAACAAAUACACCCAUUUCACAUCACCAAUUAGAAGAUAUGCAGAUAUCAUUGUUCAUCGUCAACUGAUGGACGCCGUAUUGACCAAACCUGCAGAUCAAGACGAUCACUCGAUGGCCAUAUUGGCCGAUCACCUCAACCUUCGUCAUCGUGCCUCAAAAACACUUCAAAGAGAAGCCACUCAAAUGUUUCAAAGUCUCUAUUUCCAACAUCAUCCAAAACCAAAUGUUGAAGCUAUCAUUACUGAUAUUAGAUCAAAUAGUGUUAUUGUUUUAGUUCCAGAAUAUGGAUUAAGAGAUAGAGUUUAUUUAUUAGAUAAAGAUGGUAAACCUAUAAUGCCAAGUGAUGAUAAUUCAUUUAAAUCAAAGAUUCAAUCAAUGGUAUUUAAUGAAACCAAUGUAGAAUUCAAGUUGGAGGAUGGUACAAAGAAACAAUUGUCUAUAUUUGAUCAUAUUGUAGUUAAUAUUCAUACACAAGAGAAUGAUUAUCAUUUACCACCUGUAAAGAUGGACUUUGUUCAAAUAUUAAAAUCACAAAACAAAAAUACAUUGUUUAACAAGGAACAAGUUUCAAAAAAGAGUAUUGUUGAUCAAAUUAAAAAGGAUGAAAAGUCAAAGGAUCAGAUGGAUCAUAGAGAUACUACAUCAAAUCCAUAUGGUUUCAAUUUAAAUCAACAAGAAAAGGAAGAGGAACAAGAAAAACUACAAGGAGGAAAAUCAUCAAAACAUCAACAAUCGAUUUACGAAUUGAUAAAAGAUUUGGAUGAUUUGAAAUUGGAAAAGAUUGAACAAGUUGGAUCGAGAAUAGAUUAUUCAAAAGGAAAGACGAUUGUUAAAAAAGAAAAGGAAGGAAAAGUAUUGAAAUUAUGGUCAAUGAAUGACAAACAAUCAAAAGAAUAUAGAACCAAAGCAGAUCAAUAUUUACGUGAUGCAAUCAGUAAACAAUAUAAACAACAGAGAUUAUUGUAUCUUAAACAACAACAACAAGAAGAUGGAGAUGAUGAAUACUAUGAUGAAGAAUAUGAAGAUGAUAAUGAAAAAAUUGCACCAACCAUAUCAGUUAAAGAUAAAUAUGGUGAUUUAAUUAGUAAAACUGAACAAGGUCAUCUUAAAGCACUUCGAGAUUUAAGUCUUAGUAAAAGGAAAUUUAAUUAA